AAAGAAAUCAGUCUAUUGAAAGAAAAGAUCGAAGAAUUGAAAAUCGAGAAUAACGCAUUAAAAUCACAAUCAACAAAUCGCAAUAAAUAUAAAGUAACAGAAUUUAAAAGAGCCAUAGAAACAGCCGUCGAUGAUUUCAUUUCAGGAUUAGAGAAUUCAAGUCGAUUAACUCCACCUAGCACUGAUGAUAAACAGAAAGCUAGAAGAUCUCCUAGUAAGACUCGUUAUGAUUCGAGUUUAGAUUCUAGUCAAGGUUUCAAGCCAUCUGACGUAGAACAAGUAACGGAUGUUCCAACUCAGCAUCGUUUUACUGAAGUUCCAACUAUAGCAAACUGGAACGAGAAUGGACCAGAUUCUAAAAGAUCGCAUAAUAGUAACAAUAAAUAUCGUGGCGGCCAUCAACAUUUGCGUGAUCUAUUUGAUAGUGAAGAUGUUGAAGAUAUCCGUUUCAUACCUCAAAAGCAAUUUGCUCACAUUGAUUUCAAUUCUGAACAUGCAUUAAAUAGAGCUAUGGCUCUUGACGGAACG